AUGAAAUCCUUCGUUAUGCUCGCUGCUCUCCUCGCCAGCGCCUUCGCGCAGGGGAUCAACAUCGGUUCUCCCACCGAGGGCAGCACGAUCUCUCCUGGUGAUCUGACCGUGCAGAUCAACCGCCCCAACUUCAUUUCACAGGCCGAAGAAGUCGCCGUCGUUAUCGCCAUCUCACCUUGCAACGGCCCUGAUGGUGCUUGCAGUGAUCCGAUUAACGGUCUUGGCUGGUCGGUCUUGUACAACGGACCUUACGACCCACAGUACCCUGCCAAUCCAAGGCCCCAGGAUCAGCCUCAGGAGAACUUUACCGUCAACAUUCCCGAUUACCUGGCUGGCAAGUCUCAAUUGAGCGUUCUUCACGUAUCUCUCAUCGGCCUUGACAACACGCCUUUCCUCGAGGUCGUUAACACCACCCUGAACGUGCAGUGA